AUGGCAACUAGCAAAUUAAGUGACACAAAAAACGUUCACCCAACAUCUGGGAUCUCCACACGUGCAACUGUAAAUCGACGUACGAACAUGCAAAGAAUGCAAAAUGUCCUCUUGAUCUGGUUAGACAACAACAUUAAUGAAAACAAUGCUGAUUGUAGUAAUACAAUCAAAAAAUUAAAACGCGUAGUUAACAACAUGAACACGUUUACAGAUGGUGAAGAAUGUGUCGAAUUUAUUCAAACAAUUAACAACAACAAAGUGUGUAUGAUUGUUUCUGGUUCACAUGGAAAACAUAUUGUGCGUCAUGUGCAUGAUCUGUCUCAAGUAGAUGCCAUUUUCAUUUUUUGUAACAAUCAAGAAUGGCAUAAACAAUGGGCCAAAGAAUGGCCUAAAAUAAAAGGAGUCUUCACAGAUAUAACAUCGAUCUGUGAAGCUCUUAAACAAACUGCUCAUCAAUGUGAGCAAAAUGCCAUCUCAAUCAGUUUUGUGGCAUCAAAUAAGAAAUUGGAUCAAUUAGAUCCAACCUUUAUGUAUACUCAGAUCUUGAAAGAGAUCUUACUAACCAUUAACUUCGAAGACAAACAUUUCAAAGAAUUUAUUACCUAUUGUCGUGAAAUAUAUGAAGAUGAUAAAAAUGAAUUAAAAAAUGUUAACCAAUUACAAACAACAUACAAAAACCAUCUACCCAUAUGGUGGUAUACAUGGGAUGCAUUUUUAUAUCGUAUGCUCAAUCAAGCAUUAAGAUCGAUGGAUAUUCAUAUGAUUAUUCAAAUGGGUUUCUUUAUUAAUGAUCUACAUUAUGAUAUUGAACGACUCCAUUCGGAACAAUUUCAUGGUCAACAAUCUGGCACAACAUUUACAGUUUAUCGUGGACAAGGUCUUUCAAAAGACGAUUUCACCGAAAUGACAAAAACUAAAGGUGGACUUCUUUCAUUUAAUAAUUUUUUAUCAACUAGUAAAAGUUGUAAUACUGCUCUUGAAUUUUUGCAACAAGCUACUACAAAUCCUGAUCUUGUUGGAAUUCUAUUUGUUAUAUCAAUUAAUCCUACGGAUUCAACAACUCCAUUUGCUGUUGUUAGUGAUAUUAGUUAUUUUCAUACAGAAGAUGAAGUUCUCUUCUCUAUGCAUACUAUUUUCCGUAUUGGAGAUAUAAAACCAAUGGAUGGAAAUAAUCAUCUCUAUAAAGUGAAUUUAAUAUUGACCAGUGACAGUGACCAAGAUCUUCGUACUCUUACUGAUCGUAUACGACAGGACACCCUUCCAGAUUCGACAGGAUGGCACAGAUUAGGAUUACUGUUAAUCAAAAUGGGUCAGUCUGACAAGGGUCAAGAAGUUUAUGAAAUUUUACUUCAUCAAACAAUCCAUGAAAGGGACAAGGCAUCGAUUUAUAAUCAACUAGGUAUGAUCAAAUAUGAUCAAGGAGAAUAUUCCGAAGCACUUACGUAUUAUGAAAAAUCACUUGCUAUGGAUCAAAAAACACUUCCUUCCAAUCAUCUUAAUUUGGCUAAUACCAAUAACAACAUCGGUAAUGCGUAUAACAGCAUGGGUGAUUAUCUAAAAGCACUUUCAUCUCAUGAAAAAGCCCUUGCAAUUCGACAACAAUCACUUCCUUCCAAUCAUCCUGAUUUGGGUACGUCAUAUAACAACAUCGGUAGUGUAUAUUACAGCAUGAGCGAUUAUCCAGAAGCACUUUCUAGUUAUGAAAAAGCCCUUUUAAUUUGA